AUGACUUCAUUAACCUUAAUUCUACAAGUGGAUGGAUACGAAUAAUAAAUACAACUCGAGUAAUCUGUGAGAGUAAACGAACUUUUCGACUUUAUCUAAAGCAUAAUGAAUAUAUCAUCAAGGACUGAGGAUUGGACAUGCUUUUCAAGUGUAUAAAAUAGAUUUAUGAGUAGAGAUGAGGAGAUUCAAGGGUAAUAGAAUGACUCUCUGAUAAUAGAAACAAAAUAAUAAUCUGCAAAAAUUGAUAUUAAAUAAGAACAAUCACCUUAAAUUCCUUUAAGUAUCAUUAUUGAAAAUGGGAAUAGCAGAGAAGAAAUUGAAGGAAAUUAUGAUAUAUAGACAUCACUUAAUGAAAUAGCAGAAUCUAUUUUAAUACAUUGUUAAUUAAACCAAUAAUAAAAUCCGCCUUUUGUUUCCCUUAUGAUAUAAAAUUAAGCAUAUAAUGAUGUGAUAAAGAGAAGCAAAUCAUUAGCAUAAUUACAAAUUAAAAAUUAUACCAAAAUAGAAGCGAGGAUAAACUGAUCUGCAUGAAUGAACAAUUAUUUUGACUAUAUAUAUAUAAAUGAGAUACUCAUAUGUUUAA